AAAGCCAGAGGAGCAUCAGAUGGCUACACCUGGUUGCAAAGCCUCCUCACCGCCCGCCUCCAGGCUGUGGACAACACAACGAGAUGGAGAAGUCAAGCUGAGGAUGGAUGAGCAGGGCAUAGGCAGUGAGGCACCCAAGACUGUUCAUGAGCUCUUCCAGGAAGCUGCUAGAAAAUAUGGGGACUACUAUGCCCUUGCAUCCAAAAAGGGUGGCCAGUGGAUAAAGCUCACCUACAGGAUGUACUAUGAGGAGUGCUGGAAGGCAGCAAAAAGCUUUCUGAAGCUGGGGCUGGAGCGUUUCCAUGGAGUUUGCAUCCUGGGAUUCAACUCUGCAGAGUGGUUCAUUGCUGACAUUGCAGCUAUCCUGGCAGGUGGAUUUGCUGUUGGUAUCUACACUACAAACUCUCCUGAGGCCUGUCACUAUGUAGCAGAGAACUGUAGUGCCAACAUUCUGGUGGUGGAAAACCACAAACAGCUGCAGAAGAUCUUGGAAAUUCAGCAUAGGCUACCUCACCUGAAAGCCAUUGUCCAGUAUGGAGAAGAGCUGAAAGAGAAGAGACCCAACCUCUACUCUUGGAGUGAGUUCAUGGAGCUUGGCAGAGAUGUUCCAGAUACUCAGCUGCAUGAAGUCAUCGCAGUGCAGAAGCCGAACCAGUGCUGCACUCUCAUCUACACCUCAGGGACCACAGGGCAGCCAAAGGGAGUGAUGCUCAGCCAUGACAAUCUGACGUGGACAGCAGCAGCAGCAGGACGUUUCCUCAUGCUGGCAGAUGCUAAGGAGAAGCAGGAGCUGGUGGUCAGCUACCUGCCCCUCAGCCACAUUGCUGCACAGAUGUCAGACAUUUGGUCAGCCAUGGCGUUUGGGGCACAAGUUUUCUUCGCUCAGCCAGACGCAUUAAAGGGCAGCUUGGUGGACACCCUGAAGGAAGUGAGGCCAACUGCCUUCUUGGCAGUCCCUCGGGUCUGGGAAAAGAUAGAGGAGAAAAUGAAAUCCAUAGGAACGAAGUCUUCAAUGCUCCAAAGGAAAGUGGCGACGUGGGCCAAGGGAAUUGGGCUGCAGACAAAUCUGAAGUGGAUGGAUGGCUCCCCGGGGGUGCCGAUGAAGUUCCGCCUGGCCAGGCACUUGGUGUACAAGAAGGUGCGGAAGGCCCUGGGGCUGGACAGGUGCACAAAGUGCUACACAGGGGCUGCUCCCAUCACCAGAGAGACACUGGAGUUCUUCCUCAGCCUGGACAUUCCUGUCUUUGAACUCUAUGGCAUGAGUGAGAGCUCUGGGCCUCACACCAUCUCCCUGCCCCACGCCUUCAGGCUGACCAGCUGUGGAAAAGAGGUGACAGGCUGCAGGACACUGAUUGAUAAACCAGACAGAGAUGGCAGUGGGGAGAUCUGCUUCUCAGGGAGGCACAUCUUCAUGGGCUACCUGAACAUGGAGGAGAAAACCAGGGAGGCAAUUGAUGAAGAUGGCUGGCUGCACUCAGGAGACAUUGGCAGACAUGACAAGGAUGGAUUCCUCUACAUCACAGGCAGGAUCAAAGAGCUGAUCAUCACUGCUGGAGGUGAGAAUGUUCCUCCUGUUCCCAUUGAGGAUGCUGUGAAGGAUGCUGUGCCCAUCAUCAGCAAUGCCAUGCUGGUGGGAGACAAAGCCAAGUUCCUUGCUAUGCUGCUGACCUUGAAGUGCAAUCUGGACAGAGAAACUGGAGAGCCAGGAGAUGACCUCACCCCAGAGGCCAUUGAGUACUGCCAGAAACUGGGCAGCAAGGCCACAAAGGUCUCUGAGAUCCUCAGCAGCAAAGACAAAGCCAUUUAUGGAGCCAUCCAGAAAGGGAUUGCAGCUGUCAAUGAGAGAGCUGUCUCCAAUGCCCAGAAAGUCCAGAAGUGGAUCCUGCUGGAGAAGGACUUUUCUCUCUUUGGUGGAGAGCUUGGCCCCACGAUGAAGCUGAAGAGAUCAGUGGUGGCAGAGAAGUACAAAGACAAAAUUGCUCAGUUCUACACUGAGCUGGAGACCCCCACAGCCACAGAGAAACCCCUCCAGCAGCAGCACUGAGGACAACAUCCCUGCUGCCACCAGGGCUCACCACAGGAAGCAGAAAGGAAACCUUCUGACUCCUCCUGAAAUAAAUGGGAGGCUUGGGCAGCAGGAGCCCUCCCCCAGCCACUGACCUGGCCAUGGUGUGGCCCUCAUCCUGCAGCAUGGUGACUGUUUGUGCCCUCUGCUUCCUGUGUCUGUGCUCUGAGAUGCUCCUUGAUGUCUCCACUUCAUGGCUUUUGGCCUUUAAGGGUUUUUUGUGUUGUUUUGUUGUUGUGUUUUGUUUGGUAUUUUUUUAUACCAUCUUUACCUCUUCUGUUCUGAACCAAAGUUUUCUGCCCCUCAGCUGAAUGCAGAAGCAAUCAGCAGCAAUCUGCACCUCUCUGCUGAGGGAGGAGGACAGAGGUCUUGUUCCAGUGGUGAACUUCAAGCCACCCUCAAGUGCAUACUCAGAUGCAUGCUGGUGACAUCAGAGCUCUUCUGAGCCUCUUUAACCCCCCACAGACUGUCUCCAAGAUGACAGCUCCUGAGUGACUGCACACCCUGGCUGCUGGGCUGUGUGUGGAGCCUCAUCCUUGCUGGCUUUGUGCAAUAUUUUCGGUCUGGUUUAGCUUUUUUUUUGGUUAUUUUGAAGCUGUAACUGGUGGUGUUCAACCAGAAUAGACCUGGCUUGUGUUCGGGGAAGGGUUUUCCACCCAGGGACUGUUUUCUUUGGCUGUGGUUCUGGAUGUAGUCUGUAACCACCAUAGAAAUGGUGGCUAUGGAGUGUCCUGGAGCUCCAGAGGGCUGGGGUGGGGGUUGAUUCUGGGCUAGCUCUUACCUGGCAGCAGUUACAGCCAUGUCUAAGCAUGUGGAAAAAAGUUGCUUUACAAGCCACACAGAGACAAACAAAAGCAUUGGGGGGUAACACAAGAAGGGAAC